CUCCAUGCUUCAUUUGUAAGAGAUAGAUAGAGAGAACAUACAACACCAAGAUAUAAAGAGAAUAUACAAGCUUACCUUUCCAAACUCUUGUGCUCUCUUUGUGCCACUUUUUUAAGCAUACUUCCGUUUACGUAAUUGCUGCUAUUUUGCCGAGUUUGGCAUCCGAGGGAAGGCUGACUAGCAAUCUUGACUUCGAGGAAAAUUAAGUAAGCUAGGCCGCACGUGGGCGAAGUUUGGGGAUAAAACAAAACUCACGUGACAGUUGGUAUCAGAGCCAAGUUUGUACCAAAGCCCAGUUGGCACUAGAGCGCGGUUGAGUUCUUUAGGAAAAUCUUCACGAGAUUACGGCCAAAGUUGGUGAGCAAUCCACUUCUACCGCUCCUCUCACUCCAUGGGAAGGAGGAAAGGAAAGCGAAAAGGGCCGUAGGGAUAAGUCCCGCGACGUGAUUGGCGCGACGGAGGAAAGGCUAAUCAAGGUGGAGACUGCCAUGUCUGAUUGGUGUGAUAAAAUCGAAGACAUGGACCUUCACAUUGAGAAGCUAGAGUCCAAGAAGGACGAUGGGGAGCUUCGAAGGGAGAUGCAAGGUGCCUUAAAUGUUCUCGCCGACAAUUUUAGCGAGGGAUAAUGAGGCUCUUAAGAAGUUGCUUGCCCAAUGCCUGGAGAAGGUCGAUAAGCUUGAGGUGGAGCUUAACUUGUGCAAGGCCGCGUUGGCGAAUAGUAGGGGAGCGCAAGUAACAACGGUACACAAAGUUGAUGCUCCUAAACCAAAGGCCUACGGUGGGGCUAUGAGUGCAAGGGAGAUCAACAACUUCCUGUGGAACUUGGAGAGAUACUUCGAUGCAGUGGGCAUAGUGGACGACGCCACUAAGGUAAAGUCCAUAUCUCUCUACUUAAGCGAUAUUGCUACCGUAUGGUGGAGACGCAGGUGCGAGGAUGUGAAAAAGGGCCUUUGCACCAUUAAUACAUGGGAUGAUUUUGGGCGGGAGCUUAAGAAGCAAUUCUAUCCCGACAAUACCGAGAAAGAGGCAAGGUCAAAGCUUCGACAACUCCAACAUAGAGAUGGCUACAUUCGGGAAUAUGUGAAAGAAUUCCCCGAAUUGAUGUUGGAGAUUCCCGAUUUGGGAGAGAAAGAAGCAUUCCAUGCCUUCAUUGAUGGUUUGUCUCGGUGGGCUCAAUUGGAGCUAGAAAGGCGAGGUGUGCAAGACCUUGCCACUGCGAUAGCGGUUGCCGAGUCCUUAAUAGAGUUGAAGAAGGACUCAUUCAAGCCAAAGGUAAAGAAGUAUGAAGGAAGUGACAAAGGUGGUGGAGAUAGAGGAAAAUCUUCUACAAAGGAUGGCAAGGCUUUGUAUAAGGAUAAAGGCAAGUGGAAGAAGGAAGACAAGCGUAGUUCUUCUCCGGAAAAGCUUGCUUGCUUCAUUUGCGAUGGACCUCAUCGUGCUUACGACUGUCCAAAGCGUGGGAAGCUUGGAGCGUUAGUAAUCACUGAAGAGGAGAAACAAGAAGAAGAACGAAGAAUUACUUCCCUUCGACUCCUCAAUGCCAUCCAAGCUAAAGUGGAGCAGAAGCCUCAUGGUCGGAUGUACGUGGAGACUAACAUCGGAGGCAAAAGCAUUCAAGCCAUAGUGGAUACCGGGGCUGAUACGGUGUAUAUGGCGAAGGAGGUAGCCGACUCUAUAGGGCUGCCUUAUAAAAAGGAAAAAGGCUUCAUCAAGGGUGUGAAUGUUAAUAGGCUACCUAUCAUUGGCAUAGCGAGAGGGACCAACAUUCAAAUAGGCUAAUGGCAAGCAACACUUUGGAGAAGCACGUAGAGCAUCUAAGGUUAGUGUUCAAAGCCUUGCGGGAUAAUGAGCUCUACAUCAAGAAGGAGAAGGAGAAAUGCUCCUUUGCCCAACGAGAGGUGGCAUUCCUUGGGCAUAUCAUUGGCGAUGGAAAGUUAAGGAUGGAUAGUUCAAAGGUGAAGGCUAUCCAAGAUUGGGAGCCGCCAACCAAGGUGACCGAGUUAAGAUCUUUCCUUAGUUUGGUGAACUGUUGUCGAAGGUUCAUAAAGGGCUAUUCUUCCAUUGCCACUCCUUUGACGGAUCUUUUAAAAAAGAGUCGUGCCAUGGAUUGGUCAAGCCGAAGUCCAUCCUCCUUCAAGCUUGCAAAGGAAUGGAAGGAGCAAGCCGACGUUGCUCGAGCCUACUUGGAGAAGACGUCCAAGCGAAUGAAGAAGUGGACGGACAAAAAGAGGAGACCAAUGGAGUUCAAGGAAGGGGACAAGGUGCUUGUCAAGCUAUACUUGUAUGGCAAAGUCGACGGACUUCAUUGAGGACUCAGAAGAAGGUACGAUGGACCUUUCCCUAUUAUCAAACAUGUGGGUAAGGUAGCGUACAAGCUAGAACUUCCACAAGGCAUCAAGAUCCAUCAUGUCUUUCAUGUGAGCAUGCUAAAGCCUUAUAAGGAGGAUCGCGAUGACCUGAGCCGAGUGAAAGGGACUUCCCGAAAGUGAGGCAAGUUGGGAGCCAAUUCGCGACUUGUGGCAAUUCGAGGAGCAAAUCAAAGCUUAUGAGGAGAAGGCAACGGGGACGUUGCCAGAUUAAGUGGGGGAGAAUGUCACACCGUGGAGCUUCAAAUCCAAAAUUUUUUGCCGAGAGUACUAGAGUAGUGCGGAAUUCUUCAGAACACUCUCGACUAGUGUAGAAUUUUCUAGAAUACUCUAGAACUCUCUAGAAAGGUGUAGAACCUUUUAGGACACUCUGGAAUAGUUUAGAACUUUCUAGAACAAUCUAGAAGGAUGUAGAUACUUCCAGAAUAUUCUAGAAGGGUGUAGAUACUUCUAGAACAUUCUAGAAGGGAGGAAACAAUUCUUGUAUAUACUAGAAUACUCUAGAAUAUUCUAGACACAUGGAGGCUAUUCUAGAAUAUUCUAGACUUGUAUGGACAUAAAUAGUAUUCUAGAACAUUCUUUUAAGGAGGUGGAGAUGGUGGCCAUCCAUGCCUAUAAAUACCCCCUCCAUGCUUUAUUUGUAAGAGAUAGAUAGAGAGAACAUACAACACCAAGAUAUAGAGAGAAUAUACAAGCUUACCUUUUCAAACUCUUGUGCUCUCUUUGUGCCACUUUCUUAAGCAUAUUUCCGUUUGCGUAA